UCACUCUCUAAUAAUCUCUCUAUCUAUACCCCUUUCCCAUUCUUCUCUCUCUCUUAAAAGCUUGAGAAUGAGUUGCAAUGGCUGCCGAGUCCUCCGCAAAGGCUGCAGUGACAACUGCACCUUAAGACCCUGCCUUCAUUGGAUCAACUCCCCUCAAUCCCAAGCCAACGCCACCAUCUUCCUCGCCAAGUUCUACGGCCGCGCCGGCCUCAUCAACCUCAUCAACCAAGGCCCCGACCUCCUUCGCCCUGCGAUUUUCAAGUCUUUGUUAUAUGAAGCGUGUGGCCGGAUCAUAAACCCUAUUCACGGUUCAGCCGGGUUGGUGGGGGAAGGGAGAUGGGAAUUGUGCACGGAAGCCGUGGAGGCGGUGUUGAAAGGCAUGCCAAUUACGCCGCUCUCCACCGGCCACGGCGGAGCUCCGGCGAGACCAAUCUUCCCUCUAAAAGGCUCCGACAUUCGCCACUUCUCCAAGGACUCGCGGCCGGUUCGCCGGGUCAGGACUCGCAACCGGUUCAAGCGGUCCGCCUCCGUGUACGGCGGAGCACUGCUCCCCGACGAGUUCACGGCCGAGCCGGCCAAGUUCAGCAUCACCGGCUGGGACUGCGACAAGCCAGAAAACAAUGGGAGUGACCGAGCGCCCAGCCACGACUCGCUCUCCGUUGAAACUGUGGAGCCGAGUCUUGUGAACCGGGAAUGCCCGGUUUGGAUCCCUGAAACAGAGAUAUGGACCGGUGACGAGGAUGGCGAGCCGAUACUGGAGCUGACGCUCGGCGUGAAUCCAGCGCGGCGUGCGCCAGCCGAGAAACUCUGUAUUAGUAACCUGUAGCUGUGUAGCUGUUUUGGCGGCUUGUGUUUUUAGCUGGCUAAUUUCUAGAGCAUUGAGCAUCUUUUAGAUUCUAUUUUUGUUUUGUUUUCUCUGUUUUUAGGUUUUGAAAUGUGAAUAUUGGGUUCACCCCAAGUGUUUGAAUAAAUAAAUAAAUAUAUUUAUAUAUACAUACAUA